AUGGAUGUGACAUUGGUGCUUUUGUCGGUAUUAAUUUCGAUGUUUACCUGCAACAUUGGUGCAGAUUUGCCAAGUUGUGAACGAGCCCGCUGCCAUCACUGUCGAGUGACUUUCAUUGCUACGAUGUGCCCCGAAACUUGUAGACCAUGUUUGAAGGAAAUUCCUAUACCAGAACGAUAUUCACCAAAGUUUAUGAAUGACUCAUCCAACGUUUUCCAACGACCUCAAGCUAGAACUGUGAAUAUCCAACAGCUAUUACCACAGCACCCAUCACAAAAUCCAUCAUACGGCGCAAAAUAUAGCUUGAUAUCUCCACUACCAACACAGGAAUCACCACUCGCCUCAUACCAUUAUCAGUAUUUGCCACAACAGCCUCAACCAAGAAUUCCACCCAUGUCAAGUCAACAAACUGCUUUGUUUGAUACUGCAUUUCCAUCAUUCCCAGCAGUUACCUUCCCAACAUUUCCGCCAUUCACAUUUCCACCGAUAACACUUGCGCCUCCUUUUUAUCGAACUUUAGCAACUGAAGUAUUACCGAAUCAGUUUCCCGCCCAACCUGCCACCCAAACACAGCUACUUCAAUCUCAAAGACAAAGAACCGACAUAGUUGCUUCCGAACAAGCGAUUGCACCAUAUGCAGCUAUCGGUUCUCAACCUCAAAUCUAUUUACAACCGCAGCAAAAGACAGUCCAAUCAGCACCUUAUACAAUCCAACAGCGAGCUGUUCCAAUGUACCCUGUUAAUAGUCAAUCACAACUACCUGCUCAACAACUGCAAUCACCACGACAGGCACCUUACUUGCAAGUCCAGCAACCGCAACAACACUUUUAUACGACAAACCAACAACCUACUGUAUCCAUCAGACCACUUCCACAAUCCCAUUUGUCUCAAAAAAUAGCACGACCUGCAUUACUACCAUCACAAAAAUACAGUAUCGAUGCAGCAACCAAUUAUAUUGAAGAAUCGUAUUACAAAACUAAGCCAAAACAGCCCCCUGCUCUUACUCAGUGUCCUCGACAACCUAACUGGGAACCAUGCAUAACAAAAGAUAUGGCAAAUGAUAGAUUUAAAGCAUGCUGCCAGGAACUGGGCGAGGGAUGUGCCGCACUAUGCAAUUAUGAUGCCACUUUAACUACAAUUCAACUAGCAGUACUUACAGGCCGAUGUCCUCUAAAUAAAGUUGGUAAUGUAAUGAUUUGUGCCAGUGGAUAUCAAGAUGCAACACCAUGUUGUGAAGCAUACCACGUAUUCGAACCUGGUUACGAGCACUGUAGGCCGUACUGUAAUCCAGCAGCUGGAUUACCACAAGGUGUUCUGCUUAGCGAACAAUAUAAAUGCCUCGGAAAAUUGAGUCAAAUACAGCGGUGUUUCUAUGUCUCACAAAGGCCAUAA